AUGCCGACCUCAAGCGCUCGCCGCAACGCCAACCGUGCACGGUGCCGCAUGACCGAUUGCGGGAAGUUCGCACAAACCCGCGGACUAUGCAAAGCCCACGGCGGUGGCUCGCGUUGCCGCGAUCCGAGCUGUCAGAAGCUCGCUCAGAGCCGAGGCCUGUGCAUUGCGCACGGCGGUGGCCGUCGAUGCGCUUUCGAUAACUGCUCCAAGCUUGCCCAGUCCAAGGGCUUCUGCAUCUUCCACGGCGGUGGCCGUCGCUGCCACGUUGCCAACUGUGAUAAAUUCGCACAGGUGCGAGGCCAGUGCAAGUCGCACUCUAAGCUCAUUCCGUCCGGCUCAGGCUCAUGGUCUCCGGUAUCGGUCUCAGGCUCGACGGCCUUUAACUCGGAUAGUUUCACUCCUAAAUCCACCAUGUCGCCGACCAAGUCCAAGCUCUCGAUCGAGUUCCUCAUUAACCCCUGUGGAGUGGUAUCCGACCGCAAGGAGGCGGUGUUACCAGGACUGCACAUGGCCGGCUCCGCUCUACCUCACCAACGUUCGCUCCUCUCCUAUCUCGACCCGAUGACUACCUUAGCCACAACGGCCGCGGCGAUGCAGGUUCGCCCAUCGGCGACGUGGCGCAACCGUGGCCACUGUCCAGCAGUUUUAAAUACACUUUCACGCCGCAUCGCGAAAAGACCAUUUCGUCCACCUUGGUGUCCUUCCACCAACAUGUACACUGCGCACGUGACGGGCGGCUUUGGAGAAUGUCGACGACAUGCCCGAAGUUCGAACACUGUUCGAAGAAGAGACGGCAACGUCUCGUUCGCGAAGUGGCUCGGUUAUGGUGAAGCAGAUGGAGGCUUGCAUGGACCUCGUGACGAAGAUGUGGAACGGCGGCACAUGUACAUGUAUGCCUGUGCCGCCGUAUGCUACAUACGGCAGAUGACCGAGCUGCUGGCACUGCGGCAGUGCAGUGCACCUCCAGCUUUUGGUUACUGGUACGCGUUCUGUGAGCCAAUCUUUGUGACCUCGUAUUUCUUGAAGCAGACCGGAGCUUUUGGCCUGGCAGAAGAUGCCCAUGCUUCUUCGUUAGCAACUGGGGCUGGUCGGGUGCAUCAUCCGAUCAAUUCGCCGUCUCUUUUUCCCAUUGACAUCGUCAUGACGGAGUCAGCUCGAGGUUAUCGUCACAACGUCACUACAUGCGUACUGGCUGCAAAAUUUGCAGCACCAAUGCAGGCGCAGCGUCCCUUGCCGUCUCAAAUGCUCGAUGUGAAUCGAAAAACCGAAUCCCAGAGCAAUUCGAAAACAUCUCUCCUGGAGUCAACACCUUGUGAGCUUGGAGCGCACUUUUCGCCAGGUCGAACGAGCUCACAGAUGGAAGUGAGCUCCAAUCUUUACCCGAAUUCGAGGCGGGUGGGGAUCCGCUGCGGUUGA